AUGUCUCCGGAUACGUGCGCCGGCGCCGUGGCCGGGGGCGAGUCCGGCGACGUCGUGCCCGAGCACCCCGAGCGGCCCGUGGCGGCCUUCGUGCGGACGCUCUUCAGCCUGCUCAACGGCCCCUACGAGGACACGCUCAUCGCCUGGAGCGACGACGGCGAGCGCAUCGUCGUCGCGGACCCGUCGCGCUUCGCGGCCGAGGUCUGCCCCAAGUUCUUCCGCCACAAGAACUGGAACUCGUUCUCGCGCAUGCUGAACAUGUACGAGUUCCACAAGGUGCCCGCGGGGGCCCACGGCGCGCAGGUUCACGUCGUCGAGUUCCGGCACGCGGCCUUCCGCCGCGGCGGCGGCGCGGACCUCUGGACCAUCGUCCGCAAG